GUGUGUGUGUGUGUGUGUGUGUUAGAAUCUAUCAGGUAUGUCUACGAUACACAAUAUGCAUCAUGAUAUAUUAUAGGUUUAUGAACGGAUUAGCAGCCAUACUGUAAAGUGUUGCACUACAUAGGGUCCUGCACUGCCAUUUUUUUUUUUUUUGUUAUGCCCUAUGUAGUGAGCAUAUGUAGUGAACAGGAAGCCAUUUUGGAUUCAUCCUAACUGUAACUCGAGCUAAAAAAAAAAAAUUCAGAUACAAGACAAUAUUAUUGCGUGUAAAUAAAUAAAUAAAAGCAACAUACAUACUGUGUAUAGAUAAUCUUUUCGCUAAAAUUAUAUCACUUUUUGCUUAAGAAAUACAAGCUGUUAUAUUCCCCGAUUCAGAAAAAGAUGGGACGGUAUGGAAAAUGCAAAAAACGAAGAGAGUGUACUAUAUUGAGAACACAUUAUUGACACGUUAUUUGAUGUUUUAGUUUGUGAAUUGAAUACAUUUUUGAGAAUAUACACUCGUUUCAAAUCUGACGAUUGCAACAGACUCGAAAAAAGUUGGGACACUCGAGUGUUUAGCGCUGUGUAACAUCACCUUUUUAAAAACAAAUUAAAUAAAAUAACACUUAUUAAGCGUUUGGGUGCUGAGUGAAGACACCAGGUGGUUAAGUGUAGCAAGAGGAAUUUCCCACCAUUCAGCUGAGCGACUGUACGAAGCCUCCGUCGCAGUAUUUUGCGCUUCGUAAUGCGCCACACGUUCUCAAUCGGAGACGGGUCAGGACUGCAAGAACCCACACGCUCUGCUUACGCAACCAUGCGCUUGUAAUCGGUGCAGAAUGUGGUUUGGUGUUGUCCUGCUCUGGAUGGAAGCACAUGUUGCUCCAGAAUGUGUACGGAUCUUUCUGCAUCUUCUCACGAGAUGUGCAGGUUUGAUGAGUGUGUGAUCGAGGAGAGGAGGCAGUGUUCAGAGGAUCUGCUACAGUUCAGUGCUAAUAUUCCAGCUCUCUACGCUAGCCAGUAUAUACAGGACUUCUUUAAGGACGGAGAGGUGCAGGACGGUUCCGAGCUCAUCGGGCCGGCAGAACCCUUUUCUGACUUCUUAGCCGACAGCCAAUCAGACAGCAGCUCUGAAGUCCAUAAGAGCAUUGGUGGCGUGGAUGAUUCGACCCUAGCUAGUCAGUCAGAGUAUGGAGGUCCAUCCAGUGACAGUGAUCUGAUUUCUCUGCUGGUGGAUGGAGACUCCCUGCCCGAUUUGGACGAUGGAAUGGGCUCGAGCUGCAGUUCCCCGAACCAGCGGGCAGGAGGAAGUGGACGUCCCCCGUCCCCAAGCCGGACAGAGGUAGACACGAGGCGGGCCAUCAGGGCGGCGCUUUUCUCCUCCAGCCACCAGAAGAAAGAUUACCUGGAGAAAGCCAGCGAGCAGAUCAGCCUUGCUGUGCAGAAAGAGGUGGAGCAGGACUACGCCUCCGCCUUCUUCUACUACCGCAGCGGAGUGGAUUUACUACUGCAGGGAGUCCAAGGUGAAGUGAGCCCGCGCAAGAGGGAAGCCGUGAAAAAGAAGACAGCCGAGUACCUGAUGCGCGCCGAGCUCAUCGCUAACACCUACCUGAAAGACAGCAUGGGCCAGAGCUCCACUCAGAACCGGACGCUGACUGCUCAGUGCUGUAAGGGUUCAUGGGGUCAGCAGAGUCAGGCUGAUGAAUUGCACAACUACAGAGUGCUGGGAGUCAUCGAUAAGGUGCUGCUGGUGAUGGAUAAGAGGACGCAGGAGAUGUUCGUCCUUAAGGGUUUGCGGAAGAGCAGCGAGUGUGGACGUGUGAAGAAGACCAUCGUCCCUCACACGGUGCCCAACAUGGUACGACUCAGGAAGUUCAUCGUCUCUGAGGACUCCAUUUUCCUGUUGCUGCAUUACGCCGAGGGUGGUAAAUUAUGGUCCCACAUCACCAAGUACCUACAUGAAGGUAGUCAAGAAGAUAGCUUCGACAUCCCCUUCAUCCAGAAGUCCCACACGACGACCGUUCACUGCACCGAUGCACUGAUCAGCUCUGAGAGCAGCGGCUCACGGCCCAGCGUGGAGCUCCAGGAAGACCAGGAAGAAGAAGAAGAGUCCCGGCCCAUUCUGAGAGUCCACAGCGAGAGUGGCUCACGAGCCCCCCUGUCCGGCUCUUCAGAGGAAGAAGAGUGCACCAGCAGCUACCUAACGCUGUGCCACGAGUACGAGCAGGAUAAAGUGGAGCCUGAGGCUCUGGGCGAGGAAGAGGAAGACGUGAAAGAGGCAGAGGAAGAUUCUGGCGAUCUCGGAGGCGAAGGUUCUGGUGCAGAGGCGUUACAGAGGUCGUUAAUAAGCAGCGAUAGUUUGUGUUCUCCGGUUGGUGGGCAAGAGCUACGCUUCUUCACUGAAGAAGAUGAGGAGCUUGUUGACUCAUCCACUCUCGAUUCUCUGGACCAGUUGAAACGUUCACCCAUGGAGUUGUUUCGGAUCGACAGCAAGGACAGUGUUGACGCCUCCCGAACGCUGUUCUCCACCUCAGACCUGGGCUCGGAGGUAACCGAGGUCACUGAGGAUCCUUUGGAGAUCGGCGAGGUAGUGGAGGUGAAGGGUCACCUGUCCGAUCUGUGGCGGUUCGAUAGCGAUCAGGGUUCCAAUGAAUCCGUACCUGUGAUUUCUUUCAAAGAGGCCAUGGUGGAGGACGCAAACAUGCCCUGUGUUGAUGAGGGACAGCCUCCGGACCUUUUAGUCAACCUUCCCGGGGUCACGGGUAUCACGGGCGACGAUCUGGAGGAGGAGCUUGCGGCAGCGGGUGUGGCUUUUGCUGUAGAAGCCAAGCCCUCACCUCAGUUUGGCAAACCGGAUGUACUCCAGCUGGGAGAGGAAGCAGGCCUGGAACUAUCCGCUGAGGAACAUGCUCCAGAGAUCUCCGUUUUACGUCGCCAAUCGCACUCGGAUGCGUCUGAACAGAAAGGCCACGCCUCUUCUGUACACAGCAGCACAGAAUCUCAGACAUUUUCCCUUCCUUUUGAUUCGCUCAAUCUCAGGACUGAAAUGGACCCCACCCACCCACCACCCUCUGCAGGGUCAGAGGUAGUGGAGAAGAGGGAGGGCAGGAGUGUGUCGGAGAUAUUCCGAGAGCUGGAUGAGUUGGCCGAGGUGGCGCUGCACACACACCUGCCCGAGGCGCUGGUGAGGAGCUGGGCGGUGGACAUGCUGCUCGCCCUCGACGCGCUGCAUCACGAGGGAAUCGUCUGCAGAGACCUUAACCCCAACAACAUACUGCUGGAUUACAGAGGUCAUGUAGAGUUGACUUACUUCUGUAGCUGGACCGAAGUGGAGGAAUCCUGCGAUCCUACCGCCGUCGCCAAGAUGUACUGCGCUCCAGAAGUGGGCGGGAUCUCGGAGGAGACGGCAGCAUGCGACUGGUGGAGUUUGGGAGCGCUUCUCUUUGAGCUUCUGACAGGAAAGUCUCUUCAGCAGUGCCACCCCGCUGGUAUCAGCAGACACACGUCACUGAACAUUCCAGACUUCGUGUCAGAGGAGGCCAGGUCUCUGUUGGAACAGUUGCUGCAGUAUAACCCUGUGGAGCGAUUGGGCGCGGGUGUAGGAGGAGUGGACGACAUCAAAUCACAUCCCUUCUUUGGUCAUGUGACCUGGCCUAACUGAACUGGUCACAUAGAGGUGAAAGGUCACCUGUUUGACUGACUGAACUGAGAGAUGAAUUGCUGCAAAACACUCCCUCUUUCUCCCUGUGUGUGUGUGUGUGUGUGUGUGUGUGUGAGAGAGAGAGAGAGCGCAUGAGAGGAAGAACCUGAAUCUGAUCAUCUCGAUCUUCUCGCUGCACUGAAGACUCCUACAAUAUCCAGGAUUUUUAAAAAAUUCAACUUUCCCAUCAUGCACUACGGCUUCCUGCGCGACUGACAUCUCUGACACAUUUUACUACAGUGUUCUCAUGUCGUCUUCAUUACCUGAUACAUUAUAGCAGUGCAGCAUGAUGAUAACAUUUCAAACAGUUGUACCAUUAAAGGAGAAGUUUAGAGAAAAUGAAGACCUUGUAGAUCGGUGUCUACAAUUUGGUACUGGAGCGAUGAGGCUAAUGUUGCUAACAAGUAGCGGAUGUUUAUAGCUACCGGUUUAGCUAUAAACUGCCUAAAAAGUAAUACUACAUUAAAAAAAAGUUGACAAAAUGCUGGAAUAGGUGCAUAUUUAAAAAAUGGGUGCUUUGUUUGUAAACUUUAGGCCACGCCUUCUACCUGAGUUUGUUCGUAUUUCUACAUAGAUAUAAUACUUUAUAUAAGAACAUACACAUUAUCUAUACGUGACAACCGCUUGAAUUUCUGACAUCCGAUACAACUUUAGCUGUCCUAUCAUUUCAGUUUGUCUUUUCUAGCUAGCUCGGAAGCCUAGCGAGUUAGCGAGCUAGCAUAUCAGGUCGCGACAUGGCGAGUCAUUGUGUCAAAGGAAAAGCGAGUGUAUAAAGCAACAAGGGAAUUGUAGAGGAGUAGGUUUCUAUAAACGAAAACAGUCUCCUUACGGUGGCAAGCGGCCGUUUCCGCGACGUUUACAAACGUUAAAAGGACGAGGGAACGUUUCGGAAGGAAUACGUCACGACAGGACGAAACGGGUUUUAUUCCUCGUAUACAGUACCGCAGCACUAACUGAACGACACGACUUCCCUUAAUUCCUAGCUACGUUAGCCACGUACAGCUUUAGUACACGACUAAAGAAGAAAACUUGAGCGGAAAUUGGAAGUUUUCUGAUGUAAAAAAAAAAAAAAAAAAAAAAAAAAAAACCCCCGAAACUUUCACUAAAGUAGGAAGUCACGUACAGUUGUUGUUUUCCUGCUCUCGCAGGUUCAUUAUGUGUGUGUUGGAGCAUUAAAAACACUAGAAAAAUUUUAAAUAAUUAAAAAUAAAUAAAAAAUCGCCUGAAAAGUCAGAGAUCAAACCCCCCCCCCCCCCCUUUUUUUAUUUUUAUUUAAUUUUUUUUUUUUACCCUUUAUUUAUUGCAAUAUUACAUUAAAUAUCACUUAAUUAGAUUACAGCCGAUUUGAGUUAUUUUAUAUUAUUAUUAGUAUUAAAACGUGCAUAUUUAUUUUGCACUUGAACUAGGUCAAAUUGUGAACAAGUCCUAAUUUCGGUGUAAUUAUGUCAACUAGAUGAUGAAUAUUGAAGACCAGUUAACAUGCUCACAUGACCCUUAUUAGCUUCCAAUUUGCACUUGUUGUAGAAAAGAGGGAUCAAGGGGUCCAAAAUUUGAAUAAAAUCCUUCGCAAAUGUCGACGCAUUCGGUUCCAAAGAUCACCGGAACACCCCAUACGCCCGCCCCCCGCCUCCCCGCCCCCCUUAAAAAAAAUACCCAUAGAAAUAUGAGAUCCGCUCGGACGGGAAACGAGAACUGAGCCAAAAUCUGAACACACACCCAUUAUGGAAAUAAUAAUACAUUUUAAAAUACAACAGGGUCUUAAAGUCUGAGUCGUCCGUGAAAUCUGCUACUAAUACACAACUUUAUUCAUCAUUUCAUAAUAAUUAUUGAGCAGAUUUAUUGAACAAGUUUUCAUAUUUUCCCUUUCACGCACUGUUAGUGUCACUGAUGAUGUAUUCUGCAAGUCUUGGUAAAAUCUGAAACACUUGCGAAGCGACAAUGCUUUUGAAAAGAAUUAAGCGUGAAACGUUUCCGAACGUAAACGACGGCCAAAAAGAGCAGUAAAAAUGAAUCUCGAAGUCUGUUCAAGAUUUCCGUCAUCGCCCUUUCUCUUUAAAACGGCAUCAGUUUAAAAAAAAAAAAUAAUUUUAAAAAAUAAAUAAAUAAUUAAUGUUUGGAAUUUUUUUUUUUUUUAACUUUUAAUGUACUAAUGCAGAAAAUCUAGGAUGAAAUGGAUCUAACUUCUGUAUUUCUAACAUGUAUAAUUACACAGAUAUGUAAUGUACACGCAGGUGAUAUGUAUGUAUUAUUAUAUACAGUAGAUUACAAAUUAUAUACACGUCAAUUAUUUUCCUUAAUGAACUGACUCGGACUUUGGGACCCUGGUGUAGCUCAGUGUUUACAUUUGUAACAAUACAUAUGAGCAUGCAAGGUGUGUGUGUGUGUGUGUGUGUGUGUGUGUGUGUGUGUUUACUUGAGUUUGCUCAGAUGAUGUGUGUAUGCGUGGUGUGAAUAUAAGAGAGAUAAAAACAAAUGGAAUACUGUCAAAUGAAUAAAAUAAUUCCUGAUACUGCGGCAUUAAUAAAUGAAUGUUGAAUAAACGUCCAGGUCGUGAAUUCUGCGUGAUCUUUACAGAUUCUUUACGUGCGAGGCAUUAGCUUGAAUAUCUGCACAUAUUUUCCGUUUACCAAACCAUCCCUUUGCACCUUUUUUUUUUUUUUUUUUUUUUUUUUUUUUUUUUAAAAAGCAUAAUUUAUUUAUGUAAUAAUUUAUAAUUGACGUUACAUGUGUGACAAGGCACACGGUGUGAUGGUGUGAAUACAAAACGUCCAUUAGCCGUAAAGCAUUUUCACUUUCGGAGCGAGAGAACAUGAAUAUAGCGGGACUAAUUGUACUAAUUUCCCCGUUGAUUUUCAUUAACAGUUUGUGUAAAAAAAAAAAAAAAAAAAAAAAUCAAUUAAGAAAAUGUGCAAACAAUUUUUAUUUAUUUAUUUAUUUUAAUCUCCUUUCUAAACCAAUAAAAAUGCAUAUUUCCC